UGUCAAUUUUUUUCUUAAGCGGGUAAUUGAAUAAAAAUGGCUUCGCCAACUGGUGGUGUUAAACCCAUGACCAUUGCUGGUCGCAUGGUCAGAGAACGUGAGCGUUUGGUUGGCAUGAGCGAUGAAGAACGCGCCUGGCGCAAACAGUGGCUAAAAGAUUUGGAACUUCACCAUGAACCCAAAAAGGUAGCCGCUUUAGAAAAAGAAUUAACCAAUCCAAUCAAACGCUUCUACAGAGCCCCAUUGGAUGGUCUUCACAAAGCCUUAACUCCUGUCAUUGGUCAUCAACGUGCUUGGACUAUACGUUUCUGGACCGGUAAAGUUGCCUUAUUCGGUACUUUUGUCUAUGCUGCCACUUACUAUUUCAAAUACAAUCAAAACGAUUGGACUCGUAAAGGUGGCUGGCGUGUCAUAACUUCCCGCAAAGCUUGCAAUCCCGGUGAUGAAGGUUUCCCCAAACUAUCGGAACGUUCACAGCCAGGAGAUUAUGCUGCCCGUGGUUUCAAACAAUCACCCAUCUAAACACACUCUCCAACUUCUUACUUUUUUGCAACUUUAAACAAAUAUGCUUUUAAGUAUGAAAAAAAAAAUAAUAAUAAAACCAAUUUAAUUAAUAAUAAUAAGUCGUUAGAUAAAAAUAGAGAAUGAUAUAAAUAUACGGAGAAAUCUAAAACUGAA